AUGAAGGAUAUCCGUGAAUUAACAAACGUUGAUAAGAAACUUCGAAAGAUUUUAAGUAAAAUUUUAGCAAAACAACAUGUAACAAUACCAGAACGUUUUCGCGAAGUAAAAUAUACUGCUUUACGAAAAGAAAAAAAAAAUUUCAAUCGUUCAAACGCAAUUCAAUUUCACCAACAAGAUAUAUCGAGUCCAUUACUUGCUAAUUACCCCACCCCAGCACCGACACAUUAUCAACAACAACAACAACAACAACGACAAACUGUUACACCAAGUCAACAAGAAACUGUAAUGAGAGCAGUAACAGAACGUGACGAAGAAAUACAUAAUGUUGAGGUACAUGAUUAA